AUUUUUCAACACAUGGGUCACUCCUGAUUUCGUUUUUACUAUAUAAUUAUUAUAUUGAUUAAAUUACAAAACGAAAAAAAUAUUGAAGUGUUUUAUGCCAGUGUAGUGGAGUAAAUUUGUGUUUUACUUUCAUGUCUGAAACACUCUGAUGUUUCACCUGAAACUCUGAAAACCAAAGGAGAGAGAGAAAAAAUCCCCAGAAAAAAAAAAUCCAUCAAAAAUUCAAUUUUUUUUUUUUAAUUUAAUUAUUUUUUAAUUCUGUAAUAAAAAUUCAAAGACAUGAUUUCAACGUCAAGCUCAAACUGGUUAGACCGGCUCCGGUCAUCGAGAGGUUUUCCGACCGGAAAAGAACCGGAUCUAGACCGGUUUCUUUCAUCCUCAAGCUCCGGUUCAGCUCCAACCGCCGAUUCAGCAACUCACUCCGAUUCGACUCAUUCACACGCGCCGCCGAUUCCGGCUCGUUCGAGGAGAGAGAAACCGCCGGAUUCCGCAGGAGAAUUCGCCGGAGUUUUAUGUGGGUUAUUUAAUAUGGGCGGAGAAGCUUCCAGAACUUUCUCGAAGAAGAGUUCUCGGAAGCAGGCAAACCCUAGGUUUUGUGGGGCGAGUUCGGAGAGUGAGUUGCCGAGUGGACCGAGUUCGUCUGAUGAUUUGAGGAGAGAGAAGAGUGAUAAUGGUGGCUUUGUAUCGAGCGGCGAUAAUAGUUUGAAUGAUAAUGGUGGGAAUAUAAAUGUUAGGGUUGAUGAGGUGAAAUUUGAUGAUGAUGUUGUAGAAGAAGUAAUUGACUUGAAAUCGUAUUCGAGAAGUGAAGUUACAAUUAUUGAUACGAGUUUUGAUGAAUGGAAAUCGGAUAAAUGGGUAUUUAGGAAGAAUGAUGAAUGGAAAAUCAAAGAUAAGAAGUGUAAAUUUAAAUCAAGGGUUUCAGGUGGGAAGAAGAGGAAUUUGUUGGUUGAUAAUUUGGGGGAUGAUAAUAAAUUUGAUGAUGAUCAGCUGAAUAAGAAGAACAAGGUGGUGAUGAAGGAAGAUGAUAAAUUGUUGCAACCAAAUAAAGGACAACACCAGAAUGACAAAGAAAGAAGACCUACACAGGAGAGAGAAAAUUUUCCUAGCAAAGUAUCUCAAAGGAGGUUCCCUUGCCCGAGACCACCCAAGAAAACCAGAAAAGAAGACUCACCAGUGAUCCUCCUAAAGUCGAUUCCAUCAAGUAAUACUAAUGCAGCCAUAACAGCAGGCAAAUGCUUUCAAAAGAAGCGCCCUAAACAGAUGAAGAUCACAUAAACAUUGAAGGAAUAUGGAAUACAUACCGAUAAUCAACUAAUUAUAUUCAAUGCCAAUUGGCAUAAUGCGUAUCCAAGGUAAUGUAGAGUGUAGAGGACGAAUUCGUCCAAUCCUGGAGUUAUAUCAACACCAGCUGCUCACUCGAACUCAAAUUGAAAGAUGGAUUGUGUGGUCGUAUUCGGCUUACCAGUCCCAAUCUAUGUGCUUCUUGUGUGUAGAAUGUAAAUUGUACUGCAAUUUUGUUGUACUGAUGUUACUCUAAAUUUUUUACCCAUCAUUUAAUAUCAGAUCUCAUUUUUUGGUCUUGAUA